CGCGUUCCACAUCAAUGCGUAUCAUCAAAAUCACCAAAUCAUAAUAAUUUAUAAUACGAAUGAGAUUUAGACCCUAUUUGAGUACAAAAUGUAUACCAUGAUUAUUGAUUGCUCAUGAAAAUACUCAUGCUGUUAAUGAUCUUAGAAAACAACCUGACACUGUAAAUAGACAGUUAAUCAUGGAGAACUCAAGUACAAGUGGCAUGUCAGAGAGUGAUGAUGACCAGUACUUUGAUGCCACUGAAGAUAUCCACACAAAAAAUGGUACAGAGGAAGUAGACCAAGGCAUCAGACAUCUAAAAUUAGAUGAUAUGUUUGGCAAAACAGAACAUGUAAUGAAUGCACCAGAAGAAAGGGAACCAGUUAACAAUGAUGAUGAACAGACACAAACUACAACUGGAGCAGAGAUUGGCAAUGUGAAACAGCUAGUAUGUCAACAAAGUGGUGAUGCCCCCAUAGAUCCUGAUGCUCCACCAGAGAUAAAAUUAGAAAAAUGUAACUUUGAAGGCAAUGGUACAGAAAACGAUAAUUUGAGGCAUCAUUGUGAUGAUGAUAAUGACCGGUUACCAAAUCUUAUCAAGGAACGCAAUGAAAAAUUAAAAGAGGAGAUGAUGGGCAAACUGAAGGAUCUUGGAAAUAUGGUGCUACGUCCAUUUGGUCUCUCAACUAGCAAUUUCCAAUUUAACCAAGACCCAAACACAGGAUCUUACUCAAUGAACUUUGUACAAAAUGCAGGAGGUAGCAAUGGAAAGUGAGAACACCGAUGGUCUAUUGAUUAUGGUUGAAAUAGCAGUUGAGGGAUACAGUAAGGAGCUUUCACUUUGUGCGACGAUGUGACCAGAACGGAAUCACUCAUGCGUGACCCUCCUACCUGGCGUCCUACGUUCUCUGCAUACGUAGAUUUGGCCAAAAUGCGUUCCAGAAUCUACUCGACGAGGUGACCUUAACGUUCCCGCAUGCGCAGAUGACUUUUAGUGACGUCAUUAUGUUCUACGUCCUACCGUCGUCGUGCAAUCGAAAGCUCUCUAAUACCCUAUCAAAGAGUAUAGAACUGGAAUUCUAUACUCUUUGACCCCAUUUACACACGUCUGAUGAAGCUGCCCUCAACUGCCAGCGAAGCCUCUGUUGAAUAAGUGAUUAUUAAUCUCGGAGUGCUGCCUCUGAGACUAAAAAUUAAGUUUCAUUUCAAAAUUAAUAUUUGCGAUAGUUAAAAUAAUAUCACAUAACCUUGCAGUAGAAACAUUUACUGUUAUUGCUCUUUGAAGGUCAUUUAUUGUUUCUCAUGUAAUAAAAUCAUAAAAUUAUUCAUAAUUUUUCAUAAAUACUGUAUAAUGUUUAGUUUAUUACAUAAUAAAUAUGUUCAUUAAAAUUAUAUUAUCAUUCAUAAACAUUUUAUCAUGAUAAAUUUAUAACCAUAUUAAAUAUUUCUUGAAAAGUAAACAAUGAAGUAACAAAUAUUUUCUCUAAUUCUUUCCUUAAAUUGUAUAUGGUAUGAUGUAUACAGUACAGUAAUGUUUAUAUUGUGUAUACCUGAUGGUUGAAUAAAAUAUCAUUCAGACAUUUCAUCAUGUACUGUAGUAAGUUCACAAUCAUGUUAGACAAUCACAAGAAGAAAUAAACAUUAAAGAGUAAAUUGUUAUUAUAUAAAGCAUAAAGUUUAGGUAAGAGCAAUAUUUCAAAACUAAUAUAUAACAUAUCAUGUCAUGUUUUAUAUCGUCAUUAUGGUUAACUUGUAAUUUUAUUUUAAGGUAGAUCAUUAAAAAUUUUGCACUGCAUACAAUGAGU